AUGGGACUCUGCGACCCAGCCAUACAGAAACGUUUACUCACGGAACCCGACUUAACUCUGACAAAAGCCACUGACCUUGCUACGGUCAUGGAGUUGGCAACUCGGGACGCCACCCUACUGAAGGCACCAUCUGAACCUCCUGCAAGCCAGGGUGAGGAAAUAUUCCACACUGCUAUCACGCCUCACUCAAGACGGCCGUUCCCUGCCACUCAGCUUAAACCUCGCCUCCCUACUUCUUCGGUCUCUGGGACCUUGACUUGCUACCGUUGUGCCCCAGCUCCAGCUCCAGCCAUCUGGCAGCAGCUCAUGGAUGAGGUCCUGGCAGGAAUACCUUUCACCCAAUGUCUACUGGAUGACAUGCUCAUCACUGGUCCCACUGAUGAAGAACACAGAAAGAAUGCUGAAGCGUCUCAACUGGAAUUUUGUGCCCACACGGUUGACCGACAUGGAUUACACACUACUGAAGAAAAGGUUAAAGCCCUUACCCAUGCCCCUACUCCCCAGAAUGUCACCCAGCUCAGGUCCUACCUUGGCCUCCUAAAUUACUACCACCGUUUCUUGCCAAACCUGGCACACCAACUCUACCCGUUACAUCGUUUACUGGAUGCAAGAGCUAAAUGGAUAUGGACAGAAAAAUGUGAAGGAGCUUUUCGGAUUUCUAAAGACCUCAUUCUGUCUUCUCGAGUUCUGGUCCACUAUGAUUUAAAGAAACCCGUCAUCUUGGCUUGUGACGCCUCGCCUUAUGGACUGGGUGCCGUGCUUUCCCAUGUCAUGUCGGAUGGCACGGAGCGCCCCAUUUCUUUUGCCUCCAGGUCUUUAACCUCCGCAGAACAAAACUACUCCCAGAUAGACAAGGAAGCUUUGGCCAUUGUAUGGGCCACAAAGAAAUUUCACGCGUACAUCUAUGGUCGGGAGUUCACACUUAUCACCAGAGCCGGCCCUACCAUGGGACCCAAUGGAACCCAUGUGGAAGUACACAGGCCACGAUCUUGCCUGUCCACCUCCCUGAUUGCCAGACAUACAGCCACAGAUCCUUUCCUGUCUCAGAUAUUCUCUUAUGUUCAGACUGGAUGGCCAGAGAGAGUUCCAAGUGAAUUUCGUCCGUACUUUGCCAGAAAAUGUGAGCUUGUGACGAAUGUUGGUUGCCUACAAUGGGGCAAUAGAGUGAUUGUACCCCAGUAUUUGCAAUCAACCAUGCUGCGGAUGCUGCAUGAAGGCCAUCCUGGUGUGGUGCGCAUGAAGCAGCGAGCCCGGAGCUAUGUUUGGUGGCCACAAAUGGAUACGGCAAUUGAAGAUUAUGUUGCUCAAUUCCCUGAGUGCUGUCAACCCCAGAAGAGAGGAACCCUGCAACCUUGGCCAUGGCCAACGGACCUGUGGUCAAGACUCCAUCUUGAUUUUGCUGGCCCCAUCCAGGAUAAAAUGUAUUUGAUCGUGGUAGAUGCGCAUUCCAAAUGGCCAGAGGUUUUUCAAAUGCCUUCUAUUACCUCGGCUGCUACCAUUCUAGUCUUAAAGAAGCUCUUUGCUCAAUAUGGCUUGCCGACAGCCAUAGUCUCCGAUAAUGGCACUCAAUUUACAUCGCAUGAGUUUCAAUCCUUCCUUGAUGGCUUGGGCGUCCACCACUACAAAACAGCUCCUUAUCAUCCGGCUUCGAAUGGGCUGGCAGAACGAUUUGUGCAGACGUUUAAGAAGCACUUACUGUCCACUCUGGACCAGGUUGGACUGUCAGAGGAGAAGCUGCUGUAAUUCUUGAUCAUGUACCAUAACACGAAACACGCUACUACUGGGCUGUCACCAGCUUUUCUUAUGUUUGGCAGGAAUCUCCGCACCAAACUUGAUUUAGUUC